AUGAUUAUUGCCAACUUCUACUCCAUAUUAUUAUUUUCAUGCUUGAGGACCCUUGUGUUUGGGUUGCAAAUUGAUGGCGAACAGAUUCAACGAGGAGGUGUUGUAGAUGAGAAUCAAGUUGAGAUUACUAGCGGCUUUUGGUCUCUUGUUGACAUCAGCAACUUAAGAGUUGUUCUUCUUAUCAAUGAAGCUGACUUCUAUUUCCACGUUACAUUUAACCCUUUUCAAGUUACUUUCCACAUCGCCGAAAUUGAAAAUACUGGAAAUUUACACGUAAAUACUUACAGAGCAAGUAAUGGAAAUGGAUAUUAUUUUGGAAGAAUUGACAAUGAUGGCAUCUUUAGUGUUUGGGCCGCAAGCUUUGACUAUGUCAGUAUUGAUACUCUUAUCAAUACAGGGAGUGUUGGUUAUCAGGCUCCAGGUUCGGUUUAUAGCUGGGGAGAAGUCCAAAUAUGGAAUGAGAUGACCAAUGAUGGUUCUAUUUGUCUCAUUCAGGCAAAAUUUGGUAUCAAUCCAGCUGACAAUGGAAAUGGGUGCAUUGGACUCCAGCGUUCAUUUCUUGUACCUCAAAAUCACCUAGGCUCCACUGUUUGCUUUUCAGGUACUAAUUCGAUACUUGCAUUAGUGACUCCUGACAUGGAACCAAUCGUAGUGGCCGAAUUUGGUUCCCGUAAUAAUUAUAUAGAAGUUCGAUCUUCAGAUCCCGAUAAUGCUACUUUAGAAUACUCCAAUAACCAAUAUCUAAUAAUACAUGCCGAACCUGAAGUUGACUUUACCUUUGAUAUUGGUACCGGAUUCGAAGAACAAUAUUUCCUGAUUUCGAAAAGUGGUGACAAUAAUGUCCGUAUUUAUUAUUCAGUUGAAGUUAGCGGCAAUGAUUGCCCCUGCGAAUGUAUAGUACCUUUUAUCGAAGCUCCAGGAGCAGAAGCUACUGUCAUAACUACAACAAAUGACCUGGGAGCUACAGAGGAAAUUACAAUAACUACUACUAAUGGGCAUUGGACAACUAUAACUGUUACUAUUACUCCAAGCCUAAGCCCAAGCCCAAGCCCAAGUCCAACACCAAGUCCAACACCUACAACAACACCAACAACUACAACUACACCAACAACAACACCCACAACACCAACAACAACAACACCUACAACAACACCAACAACUCCAACAACACCUACAACAACAACAACAACCACAACACCAACAACUACACCAACAACAACACCAACAACACCUAUAACAACACCAACAACAACAACCACAACACCAACAACUACACCAACAACACCAACAACACCAACAACAACAACAACAACAACAACAACAACAACACCAACAACUCCAACAACAACACCAACAACACCUACAACAACACCUACAACAACACCAACAACAACACCAACAACACCAACAACACCUACAACAACACCAACAACUACACCAACAACAACACCAACAACACCUACAACAACACCUACAACAACACCAACAACUACACCAACAACACCUACAACACCUACAACAACACCAACAACUACAACUACAACUACACCAACAACAACAACCACAACACCAACAACUACACCAACAACUACACCAACAACAACACCUACAACUACAACUACACCAACAACAACACCAACAACACCUACAACUACAACUACAACUACACCAACAACAACAACCACAACACCUACAACAACACCUACAACAACACCUACAACAACAACACCUACAACACCUACAACACCUACAACAACACCAACAACUACAACUACACCAACAACAACAACCACAACACCAACAACUCCAACCCCAACUCCAAGUCCGGAAACCACUACAACCGAUAGCACUGUUCCAACAACAAUCACAGAAACAACAGAGAGCGUGAUCACUACUGUGACAACUGAAACUUCAUUGACUACAAUCACAACUGUAACAAUUGAUCCAACCGAAACCACCAUCACGUCAAUCAUUACUGUUACAACCGGUACUCUUACAUUCACCACUGAGACGGUGACUUUGAUUUCUACUAUUGUAACUGAAACUAUCACUUUAACUACAGAUGUAUCCGUAACAACUGGCAUUAUAAUCACCACCCAAACUAUUAGUAUUAUUCCAACGGUGGAAACGAUUCCAAUCACAGUAACGACUCAACCUACUACAGCUCCUGCACUUACAACAGCUGCUACACCUGCUCCACUACCACCACUCACGCAACCAACACCAAGUGGAUUAGCGACAAUUACUACUGUUAUAGAUGGAAAAUUGACAACGAUUACUUUGCCCCAAACUGCCAUGGUCAGGACGGUGACGACUUCUUUCUUGGGAACAUUAACUACAAUGACAUUACCUGUUGUAUAUGAGGAUGAUAUUUUGCUUACUAGCGUAACCCUUACUAUCGAUGGAACUAUUACUACCUUGACUCAAGUUAUACAUAGAGGAACUCUGACUGAAACAUUGAACGGAAUCGCUUCAGAAAUAACUCAUACGAUUAAUGGACAAGUAACUACCAUAACCUUAUUAAGACCCUCUGACGCUACUCCCGAGGUUAAUGAACCACAACCGAUAACAACAGUGGCUACAACCACUAUUGAUGGCAUUGCCACCGUAAUUACUGGGCUUAUAGUCGCACCUCCUGGAGAUCAACUUACGAUUACUUAUGUUACGCUUGAUCCAAAUGGUAGUGAAGUUACUAGAUAUAGUACUGUUUCUGCACCAGAUGCAAGUUUGCUUUUGCUUACUGGUUUUCUAACGUUUACUCAAACCGAUCCCGUUUUCCCGGUGGUAAGUGGUAUUAUUCCACCCGAAGAAUUCACAAUUACUCUUCCAGGAGCCACAAUGGUUGGUACUCCUGCAGAAGUUAGUCCUAUUGUACCUCCAGCCGAAGGAGCUGCUGGAGAUAAUAUCUAUAAUGUUUCAGUAUUGAAAACUGUCUUUGCGGUGAUUGUCUUGUUGUUGACAGUUUAA